AUGGCGGAGGAGGUGCUUUCUAGGGUUCCGAUGACAUCUCUAAGAAGACUCCGAUUUACUUGCAAAAAGUGGAACACUUUAUCUAGAUGUAGGAGCUUUGCAAAGAAGCACCUUGUUUGUCAAGCAAAAGUAGCUGCAAAGAAAAGAGAGUAUAAGGUGGUCAUGAUGAUGGAUUUUAGGGUUUAUUUGAUGCGCAUAAAUCUUCAGAACAACGUUGAAUUGUGUAUAAAGCGUGAACGUGAACUUCUUUUCCCCGACGCUUCAGAUCAAAUUUACGUCCGUCACGUCUUUCACUGCGACGGUUUAUUGUUAUGCAUCAUGAAAGACAACCCUAGGCUUGUGGUUUGUAACCCGUAUAGUGGACAAACCCGGUGGAUCGAGACUACAAAUAAUCCUCAGAGAUUAGAUGCAUAUUCGUAUGCUCUCGGAUACAAUAGCAGUACCAAAUCCCACAAAAUCUUGAGUUUUGGUAUGAUGUUUGAUUAUGUCUCCUCCACUUCUGCUGAGUUCAAAAUCUACGACUUUAACUCUGACUCAUGGAGGGGAGACAUUUGGGCCGCGGUUUGCCUUCGCCGCCCUUUGAGUGGUAUCUUCAAGAGUUCUCUGUUAUUAUCUAAUGUUAGAGAUGAGCAGCUUGCGGUGUUAUUUCAGCGUAUGGAUACAUUACAGAUGGAGAUCUGGGUUACAACUAAGAUUGAGCCCAACACGGUGUCAUGGAGCAGCAAGUUCUUCUUAUCAGUGGAUAUGAGAGAACUCACCGGCCGUUACUCUAUGUUUUCGUUUAGUGAUGCAAGUUUCUUCAUUGAUGAGGAGAAGAAAGUUGCAGUGCUUACAUCGUUGGAGAGGAUGGAUCCUUGA